UCGGUGCGAAACAUUCACACGACGAACGCGAUCGUGGCGAUGUCCCUCUUCGUGGGCGGCCUCGCGCAGUUCUGCGCGGGGAUGUGGGAGUUUGCCUGUGCCAACACGUUCGGCGCCACUGCCUUUACGAUGUACGGCGCGUUCUGGAUGUCGUACGCGACGGUCUUCAUCCCUGGCUCCGGCAUCACAGCCGCGUAUGCUGAUGCUGCCUCGGACGAGGCGACCGCACUGGGGAUGUACCUCAUGAUGUGGUUCAUCGUCACAUUCCUACUCUUUGUCGCAUCGCUCAGAAGGAGCAUUGCCCAGCUCCAGCCGUCCGUCACCGCUGCAUGCGCCAAGGCAGGCGGCGCGCUUGGCAUUAUCACCGCGUCCAUCGCGUUCUACGUCGGCACUGCACAACUGCUUGCUCGUAACGAGAGCUGGUUCACGCUCCC